CCAUGGCCUCCUCCUCCACCUCCUCGCCGCUGCCGGCGCUGCUGCUGCUCGUCCUCCUGGCCGCCUCGUCGGCGGCGGGCGAAGACGUCGCCGCCGCCGGCGGCCGCGACAAGCUCACCCGCAUCCGCGUGUACAUGCACGAGAGGUUCGCCGGCGCGAACGCGACGGCGCUGGCCGUGGUCCCGUCGCCGCUGGGCGCGAACGAGGCGUUCGGCCGCGUCGCCGUGCUCGACGACGAGCUCCGCGACGGCCCGGACCGGGCGAGCUCCGCGCUGAUCGGCCGUUUCCAGGGCGUCGUCGCCGGGACGUCGCUGCCGGGGACGGCGCCGCCGGCGUCGUUCCAGUCGGCGAUCAGCCUCGUGUUCACCGCCGGCGAGCACGCCGGGAGCACGCUGUCCAUGGUGGGCCCCGUGCUGGGGUUCGCCGGCGCCAUCGAGCGCCCCCUGGUGGGCGGCACCGGCGCGUUCAGGAUGGCGCGCGGGUACUGCGUCAUGACGGCGGCGGCGGCGGCGUCGACGGCGGUGUCCGUCGUCUUCGAGACCGACCUCUUCGUGCUCUUGCAUAAACCGUGAUCCGGCAGUUCAUCGUCUGGUUGAUUGGAUGUUUGCAUUUGCGAAAUGCAGCAAUAUUUUUUUAAGUGGUUUUUCAGAUGUCAAAAUCUCUCAUUUGUGAUC